UUUGUUUUAAUUUUUUAUGACUUUCCCCCUCGUCUUUCUUCCCUUCCGACUGGUUCCAGCAGAGCCAAGGAAAGCCACAAAAUAAGAAAGGAAGUGGGCCCUGGAGCUUGAAACCCCCGCCGCCGGCUUGUCCUGAGGAGCCUGGGGCGGGAGGCAGCGCGCACCGGUUGUCCAGCCAGUGCGCGUCACCUUUCGUACUUUUCUUGGUGCAGCGAUCGUGGGUGCAUUGGGGUCGGAGUUGGAGUUUUUUCCUCCUGUCCCGUAUUUGCUGAAUCUCUACCACCGGCUUUUUUCUUUUAUUUUCUAACCUCUUUCCCGGGCAUGAACCCAAACAUUUUUCCAAACCAACAAAGAAAAGUUCGCACGCUGGCACCGCGGUCGGGAUAGGCUGGCGCUACCGCCGAGUAGCCCUCCCUCCGACACUUGACUCAACCUUGCUAGCAAGUGUGUGUGUGCCCCCUCCCCCGCCCCGGUAACUUCCUUAGCGAAUAACAAAUACCCAUAAAGUCCCCAUCCCGCAGCCCCUCCCCGCGGGCAGCGCACUAUGCUGCUCGGGUGGGCGUCCCUGCUGCUGUGCGCGCUCCGCCUGCCCCCGGCUGCGACCGGCCCCGCCGCGGCACCUGCCCAGGAUAAAGCCGAGCAGCCUCUGACCUCUGAAGCGGCCGCCCAGCCCCACUGGCGGCAGAGGGAGGUGGCGCAGGAGACGGCCGAGCCUCCAGGCCAUCCGCACCCCCUGGUAUCCCAGCGCAGGAGCAGCGGGCUGGUGCAGAACAUUGACCAACUCUACUCGGGCGGCGGCAAGGUGGGCUACCUCGUCUACGCGGGCGGCCGGAGGUUCCUCCUGGACCUGGAGGAGGAUGGUUCGGUGGGCGCCUCUGGCCUCGUGCCCGCAGGAGGCGGGACGAGCGCUCCCCGGCGCCACCGAGGCCACUGUUUCUACCGGGGCACUGUGGACGGCAGUCCCCGCUCGCUGGCAGUCUUUGACCUCUGCGGGGGUCUCGACGGCUUCUUCGCGGUCAAGCACGCUCGCUACACCCUGAAGCCGCUCCUGCGCGGACCCUGGGCGGAGGCAGAGGCCGGGCGCGUGUACGGGGACGAGUCCUCGCGAAUCCUGCACGUCUACACCCGCGAGGGCUUCAGCUUCCAGGCCCUGCCGCCGCGCGCCAGCUGUGAGACCCCAGCGUCCCCGCCGGAUCCGCGCCAGCGUCCUUCAGCGCACAGCAGCGCGGAAUCGCGUGGCGCGCUGCCCCCGCAGCUCCCGGACCAUUCUGUGCCCUCGCCAGCUGGGGUCCCUGGACCACAGACGUGGUGGCGGCGGCGGCGGCGCUCCGUCUCCCGGGCCCGCCAGGUGGAGCUGCUCCUGGUGGCCGACGCGUCCAUGGCGCGGAUGUACGGCCGGGGUCUGCAGCAUUACCUGCUGACCCUGGCCUCCAUAGCCAACCGGCUGUACAGCCACGCCAGCAUCGAGAAUCAUAUCCGCCUGGCCGUGGUGAAGGUGGUGGUGCUGGGCGACAAGGACAAGAGCUUGGAGGUGAGCAAGAACGCAGCCACCACUCUCAAGAACUUCUGCAAGUGGCAGCACCAGCACAACCAGCUGGAGGACGACCAUGAGGAGCACUACGAUGCGGCCAUCCUGUUUACUCGGGAGGAUUUAUGUGGGCAUCAUUCAUGUGACACCCUGGGAAUGGCAGACGUUGGGACCAUAUGUUCUCCGGAGCGCAGCUGUGCUGUGAUUGAAGACGAUGGCCUCCACGCAGCUUUCACCGUGGCUCACGAAAUUGGACAUCUACUUGGCCUCUCCCAUGACGAUUCCAAAUUCUGUGAAGAAAACUUUGGUUCCACAGAGGAUAAGCGUUUAAUGUCUUCCAUCCUAACAAGCAUUGAUGCCUCCAAGCCCUGGUCCAAAUGCACCUCGGCUACCAUCACAGAAUUCCUAGAUGACGGCCAUGGUAACUGUUUGUUGGACCUGCCGCGAAAGCAGAUCCUGGGCCCCGAAGAGCUUCCAGGACAGACGUAUGAUGCCACCCAGCAGUGCAACCUGACGUUCGGGCCCGAGUACUCCGUGUGUCCGGGCAUGGAUGUCUGCGCCCGCCUGUGGUGCGCGGUGGUGCGCCAGGGCCAGAUGGUGUGUCUGACCAAGAAGCUGCCGGCCGUGGAAGGGACGCCCUGUGGGAAAGGCAGGAUUUGCCUGCAGGGCAAAUGUGUGGACAAAACCAAGAAAAAAUACUAUUCAACAUCUAGCCAUGGCAACUGGGGUUCCUGGGGAUCCUGGGGCCAGUGUUCUCGCUCAUGUGGGGGAGGAGUUCAGUUUGCCCAUCGCCACUGCAAUAACCCCGCACCCAGAAAUAGUGGCCGCUACUGCACAGGGAAGAGGGCCAUUUACCGCUCCUGCAAUGUCAUGCCCUGUCCCCCCAAUGGUAAAUCUUUUCGUCAUGAGCAGUGUGAAGCUAAGAAUGGAUACCAGUCUGAUGCAAAAGGAGUCAAAACAUUCGUGGAAUGGGUUCCCAAAUAUGCAGGUGUCCUGCCAGGGGACGUGUGCAAACUGACCUGCAGAGCUAAGGGGACAGGCUACUACGUGGUAUUUUCUCCAAAGGUGACGGAUGGAACUGAGUGUCGGCCUUACAGUAACUCCGUCUGUGUCCGAGGGAAGUGUGUGCGAACCGGCUGUGACGGCAUGAUUGGUUCAAAGCUGCAGUAUGACAAGUGUGGCGUAUGUGGAGGAGACAACUCCAGUUGUACAAAGAUUGUUGGAACUUUCAAUAAAAAAAGUAAGGGUUACACAGACGUUGUGAGGAUACCCGAAGGGGCAACCCACAUAAAAGUCCGACAGUUCAAAGCCAAAGACCAGAACCGAUUCUCUGCCUACUUAGCCCUAAAAAAGAAAAACGGUGAGUACCUUAUCAAUGGAAAGUACAUGAUCUCCACUUCAGAAACGAUCAUUGACAUCAAUGGAACGGUCAUGAACUACAGCGGCUGGAGCCAUAGGGAUGACUUCUUACAUGGGAUGGGCUACUCAGCCACAAAGGAGAUUCUCAUCGUGCAGAUUCUUGCAACAGACCCAACUAAAGCCUUAGAUGUCCGUUACAGUUUCUUCGUUCCUAAGAAGUCCACUCCGAAACUAAACUCUGUCACUAGCCAUGGCAGCAAUAAAGUGGGAUCGCACACUUCCCAGCUGCAGUGGGUGACAGGCCCAUGGCUGGCCUGCUCUCGGACCUGUGACAUGGGCUGGCACACCAGGACGGUGCAGUGCCAGGAUGAAAACCGGAAGUUAGCAAAAGGAUGUCUUCUCUCUCAGAGGCCUUCUGCAUUUAAGCAGUGUUUGCUAAAGAAAUGCUAGCCUGUCGUUAUAUGACCUUGGGCAAAAAGAUAACUGGAUAAUUCAUCACUGAUACAGUCGUGGUGAGUGGGAGGUCUACCGAAAGCACAGAAAGUCCUGCUUCAGUGUCAUUGUCAACAGGAGUCAAAUUAUGGGCAGAAUCUGCUCUCUGCGACCAAAUGAAAAUGUGCACUGCUUCAUGUGACAAUGGUGACCCUGGACUGUAAAAAAGACUUGGGAGUUAUUCAGCAUCCCCUGGACCUACAAGAAUGAAAAUAACACUGAUGAAUGUAGAAUCAAGGGACAUUUGAAUAUGGCAGAAGUCUCCCCCUUGUCACCUACCUCUUACAGAAUGUCUUUUAAGACAUAGUAAUCAUUUUCACCCUGAUGCACAGUAGCUUAUUUUUACUGUUUGUAAAUAUAUUCUCCCUUGGUAUGUCACUUUAUAUCACUUGGUUCUAUUAAAGAAAAUUAUAUUUCUAUAAAAAAGUGUUUGACCAAAGUAGGUCUGCAGCUAUUUCAACUCCUUCCAGUUUCCAGAAAGAGCUGUGGAUAUUUUACUGGAAAUUAAGAACUUGCUGCUGUUUUAAUAAGAUUUAGUAUACUUUCUGACAACAGGAGAUAAAAUUUUAGUCAAAAACCAUUUUGACAGCAAGUAUCUUCUGAGGAAUUCUCAAAAGAAAGAGGAUCUCUGUGUUCUUGUCGUUUAAAUAUAUACAUGGGUCCAUUUAUUUAAGUCCUUUGACUGCCUGUACUUUUUCAGGCAGCCAGCCAAAUUAAUGCAUAAUUAGGAUAUAAACAUCAUGUUUGCCAGUGUGUAGGUUAGCAGUAUUUGAGACUAUAAAAAUUCGUUUCUUGCAUCAGAAUUUAAAAGGAAAAAAAAGCGAAUUUCAUGAUCUUUUCAAUAUAUAUUUUCACAACUGCUUUCUCUUUCACAAUGUGUAAUAUAUAAACAAAACGCACAGCAAAAACUUUUCUCUCAUGUUCAUUACCUUUAACACUGGUGUACCUCUUACCAAGAAGCCUUUAAAAUGUAUUUGUUUCCGCUUGUUUGUUUGGUUCGAGGGCUCUGUAAGAACUACAGUGUUUUGUACUUCUUGUUAACUUAGUUUAAUAGGAAUAUUAAAGAACACUUGCUAGUUAGCCAUCUCUAGAAGUGGUUAUCAUUAACGAAUAAGACUGUUUCCACGCCACGGGCAAUAAUUCACUUAAAAGGAAAAAAAAGAUGCAAGUAGAUCAUCUUGUACUAAAGAUUUUUCCCAAUUGGAAAGCAUGGAGUUGUCACUAGUAAGUGUUUGAGUGAUGACAUGUGAUGAUUUGGGGGAAGUUUCUUACUUUUAUUUCCAUAGCCUGCCUAGCUGUGUUAUUAGUUUGAAUAGUUAGACAGUGAAAUAUUUUUAUAAUCAUACACGUAAAAUUCUCUUUUUAGACAGCUAAACUGCAUCUCCCCACCCCAUAUCUCAGAAAAUCUAAAAGUGUUUCAUUUUGUUGGGAUUUCUUUAUCUUUGGAAACAUCACAGAGCCAAUUGUUUUUGUAAAAUUUUACAGCAAUCAUACCAAAUGUGCCUGUUGUUAAAGAUUUGCAUGUAAGAAUGUCAGGGAACCAUUGUCUGAGUUACCUUAAGCUCAUAGUAUUUUAUUUUUAUCAUAAAAUAUUUUUAAUAUAAAAAGAAUUAUGUAAUUGAUGUUUCGAUAUCACAUUCAUUUCAGUGGGCUAAGAGAUUGGUGGCUCGAUGUUCAAAUAAUUUCUUAAGAAAUCAUUUUGUAAAAAAAGUAAUUGUUUUACAAGGUUCAUAACCAUGCUUUGACUUUUCAUAGACUGGCUUUGUUUUAAACAUGGUAACUAUUUUCUUAAUAAAUUGCCAGUUAAAGAAAUGAGGCCUAGCUGAGACUGAUAACUGACAUUUGAUGGAGGUCAGCAGACACUAAGAGCAGGGAGCAAAACAUAUCAAAUCAGUGAGAAUAACUUCAUCCAAAAAAUCCAUCACACCAGCUGUUUGGCCUGUGCCGAAAGAAUUAAUAGAGAGGCUAACAUUACUUUUCACUAUUUUCAAAAUAAUGCUAAUCAAAUAAUCCAAAUAUGACAAAAUUUAUUUAUUUGUUUUUUUUUUAUGGUUAUAUUCACAGCAACCUUAAAAAAAAACCAACUGAACAGUAAAAAUAGUUGUAUUUCACACUGCUUCUCAAUACUGUAUGCAUAGCUAUCUAGUAUGAUUUAUCAAUGAUUGGUAUUAUUUUUGCUUCAAAAGAAAAUGAGGUCUUAGCACUUCUCAUUGAAAAAAUCCUAGAGAGCUUAGAACAAAUAAACCACUAUUCCAUUCUGUUAAGGAGUUUUCUCCAGUAUUUUUUCCCAUUACAGGUAUCAGUAGAUUGACUCAGGAAUGUAUGACUAAAACUCCUGAGAAAAAUGAAAUAGACAAGAAACUGAAAUUCAACAAAUGGAGUGGUCAGUGGCUAAAAAAGAAUGAUAAGCAAAGGGAGAAUCCCCUGUAACUUAAUCUAAUUCAGUCCAGUUCAGCUUUGGACUGUGCCUUUUACCUUCCCACAAUUGCAUCUUGAAUAAAAAAUAACUUGAAUUCAAGAUGCUAGAGGCUACUUACCCAAAAGAAAAAAAUAAUAGGUUAUCUGAAAAGGCUCAAGUUGGUAAAAAUGUAGCCUCACUUACAAAAAGGAGACUCCAGAAUAAAUUUUCAUUAAGUGAAAUGGGAGCCCAGAAUAAAAUAGCAUUUACUUCUUCUAGAGUAGAAAAUGUUGAAUUACUUUAGUCAGGAAAUCCAACUUCCUUUGCCUUCCUGUGGAAACAGUUUUAUACAUUAAACUAAGAAGGGAUUAAUCACAAACAGAAAAAAAAAGUUGCAACACUGAAAAAAAGUAAUUUAUUGUUUUUGCAACUGGUAUGUGAAUUUGUGUGAAAAAUUAUUUAUUCUUAUUUAACAAAAAUAUGUGCAAAUUCUUCUAUAUUUAAAGUGUUUUGCUGUUGUACUACUUUUUAAUUUAUGCUUCAUGUUUGUGUAUAAAGUACACUUUGUGAGUUUA